CUCCGAGCAGCGCGCCGCACGCGAGGUCUGCGAGCCGCAACGGCGCGCGGCAGUUCGGCCAGUGCAGCGUCAUUUCCGCGACGCGCUGCGCGCCGAGCACGGCCAACUUCGCGGGCUCGAUCGACCCGCAAGCGUUCGACGGCGCGCUCGCCGCGGACGUCGAAUUUUGCUAAUUCUCGAUUUUAG